UUUAGCUCGAAGCUCGCUACAUAUUAAAAGAAAUUCUUUUGUGGGUUUUUUCUAUAUUUUAUCCCUUUCCACCCUUAACAGAUUUAAUGUUCUGAUCCUUUCACACCCCAUGUGAUUUAUGGCCGCCCUUCUCCUGAAUGGAAACGUCAAACGGCUCUUCCCAAAAGUGCUCGUUAGUUCCAUUUUUAAAAGGGCCAACGGAUAUUCUGUCUCCGGUGUUGUCACCACUGCGAUGAAACGAUACAAAAUUUCAAAAGCUUCGUGAGAUUCGUCCACUUCAUUCCGCCGCUUGAUUGAGUUUUGAGCGGAAACGGGAUUCUGUUAACGGAAAGAGGACCAUAGUUUCGUAGUAAUUUAAUUUUUUUAACAAUACGUCCGCGGGGGCCAGCGGACCAACACUAUUAUUCUUGAGCGCGGCGCGUACGCUCAACGCUGCCGUUGCGUUUAGUUGCGUCCGCAGCACGACCAAGAAUAGCCGUCGUUUAUAUUGUUCCCUAAUAAGCUCAUCUUUUUUUUCGUACACUAUUACACCACCAGUAACUAAUUUCUUACGCGGCGUCUACUCAGUUCGUGUCUAGUUUUCUAUCGUGCGCCCAAAACUUUACUAGACUAUUCAUAAUAGUUAAAAACGUAUCGGAAAUUAGAUACUGUCAUUUGCGUUUGUUAUUAUUUCCGAUUUUGGUCACCACGUAUGAUAGCUAAUUGAUAAGGAUGUGUAAAAGCAGAUAACAGCAAAUCGACGUUCAGUUACGCAUACUUCAGUUAGUGUAAAAGUGUUAGCCCGCUAGCAUAGUUUUGUGUUUACGGACGUAACUUCAGCUUAUUUUAGAAACAGACCAGUGAUUGUGAAUUGUGAUAUGUAUGAGUGAUGCGCCUGCGCCGAUGCAAGUGUAGAGCGUUGGACCUAUUUUCGUAGCACGGAAAUAAGAGCGGCAAAAGGAGCAAAAAGCAUUCACUACCUAAAAACUUCAGGACGCAUACAUCUAUGUCGAGAGUGUAUUUUUGUCCGAUGUGAUCUAAUGUCCAUAACGGUUGAGUGUGGAGUUUAGUUUUAGUGCGAUAACUACAAAAAUGAAGAAGAGGACGAUAUCGAAACUGAUAUCAAUAUUUGGCUCCAAAAAAGGCAAGCGACAAGAACAACAGCAGUCGUCGAAGUCCUCGCGGUCCCCGUCGCCGGAGUCAGUGGGCCUAACUUCCCCGGUCAGCAACGAAUCCUUCCGCCCUAUCCUCCACACCCCGACACCUUCCCGGCCCGGCCCACCUCCUUCCCCUCCAGUACCAACCCAUCCAAUAGCUCCCACCACACCGGAACCAUCCGGCCCUUUACCGCUCCUACCAUGUCCGGUGUGCGAACGAACCUUCGUACCGCAAUCCCUCGCCAAACACGCGAAGAUCUGCGAAAAGAUGACCGUGAAAAAACGCAAGACCUUCGACUCCUCGAGACAACGACGUGAAGGGGUGGCCACACCGAGCGAUUGUAAUUUUGGCACGGACUUAGAACAAUACUUGCCAAAGAAUUUCGGUCUUCCAGAAAACAGCCCCUUCCUCGAGAAGAGUCCGCCCAACACUGCCAAGACUACCCUGAAGCCCAAAGCUCCGUCAGUGAGGAGUGCCAUCAUGAAGCCAGCAGCAGACUUACAAAAGUGCCCGCACUGCAGCCGCAACUUCGGUAUGCGCGCGUUCGAACGCCACGUGGAAUGGUGCGCGGAUAAAGCCAAGAUACUGCCGGCCGCGCCACAGCAGCCGCCGCCACAUAUUGCUGACGCUAAGCAAAGGCUCAAUGCCAGGACACAGUACAAAGCUCCCCCAGUGCGCGGUAGACGUUCGUCGCAAACUCGAGACAAAUCUUCCAACAGUCGGUCCGCAUCAGUGGAGUCAUCGCGCGGCGUGUCCCCGCCCCGCGAAUACGGGGACUAUAGACAUCCUAGGACAAGAGCGUCGGAGUCAAUGUCAAGUAACGAUUGCCAUGAAGAUGCUUCCCCGCAUGUUCCUGUCAUCAGAAAUUCGAGAACCAUGCAACAUAAUUCAUCUGGUGACGCUAACAUCAAAGCUAGACAAGCGAGACUAGCAAGAGACCUGAGUAGUUCUAGAAAUAUCCAAGGAUCAUACCCGUCCCCUGUCCAACAAACCAAUACAGAUCCCAACAUUAAUAAGCAUAAUUCACAAAGAAAACAGCGAAACCAAUUGAAUACUAAAAAUAAACAAGAACAAUUAAAGAAACUUGAGGAAACCGUUUCGAAGUUCAAUGAAAGAAUUAAUGAAAAUGCAAAACAGAAAGCAACUAAAAGUACCAAAAUACAUUCCGAAAUGAAAGAUUCCACGCAUAAAACUCAAAUUCCAGUGUUGAAAAAACUUAAACCCGAAGAAAAGAAGACAUCUGAAGAAAAAUGUAAUGAGGAUAAAGCAAGUGAUCGUGCAAAUAGUAAAAAAAUUAAGCCAACCCUAAGAUCACCAACCAAAACGAAAAUAAGAAAAGAAACUAAGAACAACAUAAAAGACAGGACAAUGAGUUUGGAUAGUCUAGAUGAUAGUUCGGUAGUUACUAACAGGAUCAAGAAUUGUCAAUCAAUUGGUAUAAAUACAGAACUUUUAUGUCCUUGUGUGCCUUGUGUGAUACACGAUACAUUUGAGGAAAAAAUCAUCAUUAAAAGGCAGAAUAAAACCAAUAAUAAACAGCUUGACCAGAAAAGUCAACUAAAUCCAGAAGUGGAAUUAUUGUUUAAAAAUCUAAAUAUGACUAGUUCCUCAGACAUUAUGUUUAGUAAAAACGGUAUGCAGCUGGAAUCUAUCAAAGAUGUAACAUUUAUAAAUUGUAAUCAAUCGUCAACUACUAGUGAUGAUAAGAAAUCUGUCGCUAAAAUUGAUACAGAAAUCAAACAUUUGGAAAAUGAUCAUACAGAGUCAGGCUAUUUUAUUGCUGAAGCUACAAACGAAUUCAAUACAAAUACAACAGAUGAUAUUGCAAAUUUAUCAAUAGAAAAUAUGGAAGAAAAUCAGGAACUUGAUUUGAGUGGCAAUAAUUUUGAAGACUCGUUCGAAAUUAAAAAAGAAGUAAACAAUAGUAAUAUUGUUUGCCGUCAUGGGAGCGGGGAUACGUAUACGAAAUUUACAGAAGAUCCCGCAGAUUUAGAAGAAUUUUUUAAUUUGACUGAUAAAAUGAUACAAAGUACCAAUGAAAACGAUAUAAACGCUACUGAUAUAGAAAAAUCACUCGAAAAUAUUCACACGCCUCAGACUAAUUCACUUGAAUCUAUGAAUGAACAAUCAACAGAAAUUGUAAAACUUAACUUUUCAGAUGCUUUACAAGACUUAAAAAAUGACUUCAAAGAUCUUUUACAAGAGGUGAAAGACCAAAAAAUUAGUAUUAAUGUCACAAAUAACUGUGAAAAUAUGACAGAUGAUGAUGAUAGUAAGAGAAAAGUUUGUGAUAUGGAACAUAUUACUGUAUAUCAACUUAAAUAUUAUGAACGAGAAUCAAAUAUACAAAUUGAAAAUAAUUUAUUAGAUAAAAAUACUUCAGAACUAAAGCUACCAGCAAUAAAUGAAACAAAUCGAUUUUUACAAAGAGAAGACAGUGACAACAUUAAAAAUUCUAAAAAAAAGAAAGGACAUAAAAAAUGUAGAUUGUUAGGUCAACAAAAAAAAACUGAUAAAAAAUAUCAAACGUUUAUCAUAAAGGAAAAACAGGAAGAAAAGAGUGAUGAAGAACCGCCUCUCAAACUGCCUCGUAUCGAUAUUAAGAGCAGUAACAAUGUUGUGGGUGAGAAGCUUUUCCCGUCCUCUGUCAAACGUUCCACCUCCCUCCUUGAUUCCAUUCAAAAGAAGACCGCCACGAAAGCUGAGAACUCGAAAGGACGUCACCAAACGGACCAACUAGAAGAAGAUUUAAUGCAAUCUUUAAAAGAUUUCGAUAAAUUAUACGAGUCUGAAAGAAAGGACAACCAUACGUCGAACAAAGAUAUUGUCAGUAAUAAUAAUAACAAAAAAUCAUACAGCAGUACAACAAAAAAAGAUUUUCGACGAAAGAUUGACCAUAAGAGAGGAAAGCCUGAUAACACAUCGAAUGGAAACUACACACCGAAUGGAAAAUCAAGCACCGAUUCAGCGUAUAGCAGCUUAAACAGAAUCUCGCCAUCUAAACUAUCUUUAUGUAACGCAAAAGAAUCGAACGGACUCACUUCCCUAGAACAAAUACCCGCUGGGUCCGACUCGAGCGGUAGUCAGAAAGACGACAUCCGCUCCAUAUCCAGUGAAGAAUUCUUGGCGAUGGAAAGAUCUGCGGAGCUGGAUGGACCAAUUAAAUCUUCCAAUGGAAUACAAAGAUCUGAGAUGAGCAAGGAAUCGGAAUCUUUAGUAGUAAACGAUAAACGCGUCAGUUCGCGAGCGUCGUCACGCCACAGUCCCACGUGGCACGCGCGGCCUGAAGCGCUCAGCUCGAGCGGCUCGGAGUCGUCACUGCACCGCCCGCGUCGGGAUUCCGUCCCCGCGCCGCGCCUGUCUCGCUUCUGCCACGAAUGCGGCAGUCGGUUCCCCGUGGAAACCGCCAAAUUUUGCAUCGAAUGUGGCGUUAAAAGACUUGCAGUGUAAAUUAUAAACGAUACUGUGUGUGAGCGAUUUCUAGUCUAAAAUCAGUGGUACAUGUUGGGCCAAUGUGCUUAAAGCCAAGAACAAUUUAUGAAUCUAGCUAACAUUUUGCGUUUGGAAAUCCGCGCCCCAGUACUGUCCACAAAAUCUGAGCAGAAAUUUGUGUACAGAAGGGGUUGCCCUAAGUAAAUUUCUGAAAAUCUGCGUCAGCCGGACAAUAGUCGUGAUCGUUGGCUGUUUGUACGUAUGUACACGAUUUGCACAUGUGCACAAAUAAAUAAAAGACGCACGUUUUGUGGUAAACAUAAAAUAAUUAAAAACUUGAAAUAAGCGCGCGCAAAUGCGCAUGCACAAAAAAAGCAAACGAACACGAUUGGCUGUCACGGACACGCAGCUACAUUCGCGUGAACGACGUGACUUCCUUCAACAUUUCCAUGCCAUGACAUUUGAACAGAAUAAUUUCACGCGUUUUACCGUGUACGAUUUUCUUCUAAUAUGUUCUUGGCUUGAAGCAAGAUAGCCUAUUUUGGAGGUACACAGUCGAUAUAAUUGUUUUGGUCCAAAGAGUAUGAAGGGAAAAAUAGUUUGUCGAUGAAGUCAUUUUGAAAAAUACGGCCGUGGCGAUGUCAUUUGGUCUAUUUUUAGUUGCAACGUUUGUCGUGAAGAUACCGAGAGUUUUCUCUCUGUCUGCAUAUUAUAAUGUUAAUGUAAUAUUUGGGUUUUGCUCAUUUUUAAUAUAAAUUGAUUAACAUAUUAAAAAUAAAGUCUCUAUAAAAUAAAAUGAGUAAAGGUUUAAUAUUACAUUUUUUAUUUAUUAUAAACAGUUUUGGCUUUGUUAUUUUAAUAUUGCAAUGACAAAAAGAUCUCUUACUCACUGACAAAUAUGAAAGAAUGAUUGAUCGAACUUUCUG